AAGACUGCGCCGGGAGGCGGCGGCGGCGCCGCGCACCGGGACACCCCCCCCCACAUCCAUCCAUCCUUCCAUCCAUCCCUCCAUCCCUCCUUUUUCCCCGCCGCCGCCGCCGCCCCAUGGAGCCGCCGCCUGCCGCCUGAGCCACGUGCGCCGCCGGGACCCUUCCCCGGCAGCCCUCUCCCAGCCAUGGGCACCGUGACCCCGUCCCCCCGCCGUCCACCCCGCUGGCCCCCUGCCCCACCACCCACCCGGCGCACCCAGGCUUGACCCACCCGCUGCAGUGCCCCCCAGCUCCAUGGCGAGGACGGACCCCUGACAGCAGGCACCCACAGGCUGGAGGAGACGCUGCUGGGCACAGCCUGGGGAGAUGCCCUCAGCGGCCCUGACAGCAUCUGGUCCCACCCUGGCCCUGCCACCAUCCUGAGCAUUCCAUCCGGGGGCUUCCUCCCGGGGCCAGCAGCCAAGAUGGUGAUGUCCCAGGGCACCUACACUUUCCUCACCUGCUUUGCGGGCUUCUGGCUCAUCUGGGGGCUCAUCGUGCUGCUGUGCUGCUUCUGCAGCUACCUGCGGCGGCGGGUGAAGCGGCAGCAGGAGGAGCGGCUGCGGGAGCAGAGCCUGCGCGCGCUGGAGCUGGAGCCGCUGCACUACGAGGGUUAUGGGGGCAGCCCCCCCAGCAUCGCCAUCCCCCACCGCCUCCGUCUCGAGCCCCACCAUCAUCACCCCCACCAUAUCCCACCCCCUAGGCCCUGGAGCUGCCGGCAUGGGGUCCGGGGGGGGCUUUGCCUUGCAGAAUCGGACCUGUCGAAGCCGCCGUGCUAUGAGGAGGCGCUACUGAUGGCAGAGCCCCCCCCGCCGUACAGCGAGGUGCUGAUGGACACACGGGGGCUCUACCGCAAAAUCAAUGCCCCUUUCCUGAGCCACGAGCGGCUGGAGAAGCAGGAGCAGCCCCCCAGCUACAAACCCCUUUUCCUGGAUGCCGGCUACGGUUCGGCGCUGCACCUGCCCCGCUCGGCCAGCCCCAGUCCUGCCUGCCCGGACCUCUACCUGCAGGCAGAGUGCUCCCCCCGCAUGUUUCCCAGCUGGACGGACUCUGAGCUCAGCAGCAGGGACACCUACGAGACGGGACCCUGGCACCUCCCAGUCUCCAUGCCCCUCUUUGGCAGGACUACCGCUGUCUAAGGGUGGCCCCUGGGAACCCCUGGACCCCGCCGCAGGUGCCUCUCUGGCACCAGGAGGGGGGUAGUUUUGGUUGCCCGCGUCACCCCGGGGACACUUGCCCCGGCGCAGGCCAUUGCCACCGGCGCGGAAGGGGCUGGUUCCCCAUCUGGCCCCCGCCGGCCCCCCCAUGGCCGGGGGCGCUGGGGACCCGGACUCUGCUCUGUUUCUUAAAUUUUUUGUUUGUUACAGUUUGAGAAUAAAAGUUUGUGGCUCGG